AUGUCUAGAGUUACGAUCCUCCUCGCUACCCUCGCCAUCGUCUCGCUCAUCCUCUCCUCCCCAAUCGAGCCACGGAAGUGGGGCCAUGAGAUCGAUAGCGGUGUCCUUACAUCCGAAUUCGUCCCGGGCUUCAUCGGCGAACGUCCAAUCACCGGCCCUGACGGCGAUUACCUGCGCGCCACAUUUUGCUACUGUAAAACCCCUCUCGACCUCGCACCAAGGGGUUUAUUCGAUGGAACCGGCGAUGGCCAACACAGCGGUGGCGGCGGCGGCAUCCAACCCGGCGAAAUCGUACAAGGACAUUUCUGGCGCUACGAAUACUUCAACUACCACUACAACGCCACCUACUUCAUGAACCACUACUGCAUGGAAGAUGCCUUUCCCCAAGACAAGUAUGGAUGCGGUUACGACGCUCCUGGAAAAUUCGAACCGGUGCCCAACAGUUUCUGGAACACCCAAAUCCAAAAUGAUAUCGCUUUCAACUAUUCGCCGCUACCGGGUCAUGAUUUGCAUAGCUGGACUAUGUCCAAGAGACAGACGGAUGUCGAUUGGAUCUUCUUUGGGCGUGGAGAAAUGCGUACGAUGCAAAGGAGAAGGUUGGGUCAGGAUCAGGGGUUGAUUAAGAUGCCGCGCGAAUAUGUGGAUGACAAGUGCUCGCAUUACUGUGAUACGGAGUUGCUGUUGCCGAUGGAUCCGACAAGGAAGAGUCACGGGGAAUUGUACAAUGAUAUCGAUGAUAUGUGCGACAGGCAAAGUAGCCAACAACUGGCAGCAUCACCGGUCGACUCACCGGUCAAACCCAUGAGCGUCCUUACACCUCCAAUGUCUUCUCCAGCCUCCUUGAAGCGUUCAUUCGCGGACACUGGCUUGGAUGCACACUUACGGGAUCAGAUCACUCCGACUCCUAGUGCGAACGCACAUGUACCAGCCUCUAGCCAAGCCUGCUCACGGAGCCCCAGUCCCGCCAAUCUUCCCCUGUCUACCAGCUCUGCUGCCUCCAACACUUCUCCGGCAGCUGUCCAAGGCUCUUCCGCUGCUACACUUGACAAGUCUAACAAGAGGACUAAGCUCACGUAUGCAGAGAAGGAAGCUAGGCAGAUAGAGAUACAUUUUAAGGAGCAACAAAAAGCGGAAGAGAGAGCAAAGAAGGAAGAGGAAAAGGCUAAGAAGGAUUUGGAGAAGCAAGUGCGCAAGAUGAUGAAAGAGGAGCAAGCCAAGGUGAGGGAUGAUGAGAAACAGAGAAAGCUGGAGGAGAAGCAGAAAGCGGAGGAGGAGAAGAACAAGAAGGCUAAGUCACAACUACGUCUCAACGCUUUCUUCGUCCAGCCUGCCGUGCUGAGCGGUACACCAAGUGCAUCACCAACCCGCGAUACAGCAAGCCCACUCAAAAGCCGGCGCAGCUCAAUCGCGGAAAUUAAGGAGAUGGAAAACCCCCAAGAACGAUCGCGAUCAGUGUCUAUCACACCACAAAAAGCUCGGCUACAGGACUAUAAACGACAAUUCCCGCCAUUCUUCUUGCAGUCUCACACGGUGCUAGCUCCCCACAGCCGCUUUUCCCGCGACGAAAAAGGCCUGGAGUAUGCCCAGAAAAAGAUCGACGAAGGUAUUGGUCGAGGAGGGGGGGCGGUUGGGCCCUUCAAUGCCUAUGAUCUGCUGCAUCUGUCCUUAGAUUUCAGCCAACGUUUUCCUCGAGUCCACGCAGUGAAAGAUAUUAUCGCAAAGAUCCAUGGCUCGGCACGAAAUCCAAUCGACCUGACCGAGUCGCAGUUUAGGAGGGCAAUAGAGAAACCUACGGACCUUCUCAAGACUGUACCCAUGAAGUACCUAAAGUUUCUCGAAGACUAUCGGCCGCCCUAUACUGGAACUUUCACGAAGGCACAAGACCGUCGAGCUAUGUCAAAACUGUGCAGAAGGCCUUUCAGUCGCGAGCUUCCAGACACAGACUAUGGUUAUGAUUCGGAGGCAGAAUGGGAAGAGCCUGGGGAGGGUGAGGAUCUUAACUCGGAAGGAGAGGAAGAAGCUGGGGAAGACGAGGAAGAAAAUGAGAUGGAAGGGUUCCUUGAUGACGAGGAAAAUGAAGCUGUCAAGAAACGGCCCCAACUAGGCGAUCUGGAGCCCACUUGUAGCGGCAUCUGCUGGGAAGAUCUUGAAAAUGAAGGCUCCAAGCUUGCGAAUCUAGACGUCUUGGACUUAUCGCUCUUCAAGCUCGACAUCUUGAUGGGUAAAACCUCCAUGCUUCAUCUAAUACCAGUGCUGACAGACAUAGAAAACCCGCAACUCCCUAUUGAUCCCUACUCGACCUCAUACUGGAAACCUGAUACCUCGAUGAAUUCCCUAGGUGCAUUACCACAUGUAAAGGGUACGCUUAUGGAACCACCGCGUAUCCCAUUGAACCCGAUCAAUCGCCAGAACACUCUCCUCAAUCCUUCCGCGGCUGCGACUGGCAUCAAAACCGCUGACUCGGAUGUUAACGCCCCUAUGAAGCCCGCGAAAGGCCCCAAACGUCUGAUUCCAUUAGAACUUUUGGAUGAGUUCAGGAAGGCUGUUGAUGGGAAUGAGCUCACGAAACUAGGCUUACUCGAAGUCCUUAAGAAGCAGUUCCCAAAGCAGCCAAAAGCAGCUCUCAGGGAUACCAUUGACACAUUCGCAGAGCGUAUUGGGUCGAAAGAAGCGGAGAAGAAAUGGGGCAUCGAGCCAUACCUCUACGAAUGCCUCGCCGCGACCUUCAACCAAACGUAUCCGAGGGAGAAAUUGACGAUCUACUUCUGCAUCUCGUCACGCCGUGAUCCCGCUUUCUCGACUCUCGAGCGUCUUGUAGCGGACUACCAUGGUUUUGAUGUCAAGAUACUGGUGGAAGAAGAGGAUCCGAACCUCUCGGGUCGCGAUGGCAGAAUUGGGAACCUGGGACCGAAUCCUAAGAUCAGGAACAUGAGCAGGGCAUACCGUGAAGCCAAAGGGGAUGUAGUGUGGAUCAUAGACUGCAAUGUCUGGGUCAGCCCAUCCGUUGCAGGCCGCAUGGUGGAUCUGCUCUGCGGCUUUACGCCUACGGCUCGAGGACGGAAAUAUAAAUUUGUGCACCAACUGCCCCUGGUCGUGGAUGUCUCUUCUACCGCCCCCGCUGUUCCAACCAACAGUCUCUCCUCCGGCCCUCAGGUGCCUAUGAUCCCCAUGUUGCCAACGAACGGGGCAGGUGGACUCCUCGACGAGCUCUUCCUCUCUACCUCCCAUGCGAAGUUCUACACUGCAAUUGCUACCGUCGCUAUUGCGCCCUGCACAGUGGGCAAAUCGAAUAUGUUCCGGCGAUCACAUUUGGACGCUCUAACUACGUCCACAUCUACAUCUCCGUAUAAUACAAAUCCUGACGAGCAACAUCAGGGGAUCGAUUUCUUCAGCGACAAUAUCUGCGAAGAUCAUCUGAUUGGAGACUUACUCUGGCGGUCACCUGUGCCCCUAAUCGUGCAAGAUCUUGCUGGAUUCGAAGGCGAAGACCCACAAGUACAAACUCAAAAGCCGAAAACCACCUGGGGCAAUCAUGGCCUUCUCCCGCCGCACCCCUCGAAUCUCUGCACGCAGCCGGUCGCCAACGCAUCGCUGAUAUCCUACAUCGACCGCCGCACCCGCUGGCUGCGCGUGAGGAAGUUCACCGUCCCGCUAGCUACGCUUGUAGAGCCGGGUACUGAAUCGCUCUUGUGCUCCGCCUACGGCGCAUGGGGCCUCACCACUCUCCCCUGGUGCCAUCGUACGCUUGGCAUACCGCAGACAUGGCUCACUUUUUCCGCUAUAUAUUUCUCAAGCAUUAUCAUGUGGGCGGCAAUCGACCGCUACGUCUGGAGCAUGUUGCAGUACGGUGGAACUGCCGAAUCAGAAAGGCCUUCUUUUGGCAGGACGAGAGGCAAGAGGAGAGGGUUGAAAGAGUGGAUUUUCGCGUGGCUAGGCAGAGAAGUGCUAGCGUUUCCGAUAUGGGCGUGGUCUUCUUUUGGGGGUGUGACGGUUGUGUGGAGGGCGAGGAAAUUCUGGGUGGGGAUGGAUAUGAGGGUACAUGAGAUUGAGGGCGAGGAAGGCGAGGCCGGGAAGAGGAGGGAUUGA